ACCGCUGCAGUUAACAAAGCCUACAUCCGCUGACGUAGCCAAUCGCAGAAUGUGACGAAGGAACUGAAGCAACUCAUACAAUCUUUCCAUGUUUAUAUCAAGGUUUUAGCUUGGCAACAUCUAAAUGAACAUGUAAUAAUCGUAAAAGACUGAAUCCGACAUACAAUGUGGAAGGCCUCUAUUAAAAACCUGUAGGAUCCUAUAGGAUUACUUUUGUGAGAAGAUGCUGGAGAUUCUUGGACCCAAACCCGAUUUGCCUGAGGCAAAUGCAGAUGACACAAAUACAGACGUGUCCAAUAGGAAGCUGGCGAAAUUAUACGAGGUGUCUAAUGCCAGUGGGGAUAUGGGCAUGGAUAUGGUAUCAUCGGAGAACCCGUUUUCACAGAAUUCCCUGGAGUCAAGUGACUGCUUUAUCUUGGACAAUGGCCCCAAUGGCAUGAUCUUUGUCUGGAAAGGUAACAAAGAGGAGAGAAGUGCGGUGAUGAGUGCUGCCGAACAGUUUAUCACAAAGAUGGGCUACCCGAAACACACCCAGGUCCAGAUCCUACCUGAGAAUGGGGAGACCCCUCUGUUCAAGCAGUUCUUCAAAAUCUGCCGUGAUGCGGACCAUACAGUGGGGUUGGGAACCGCCUACGUAUCCAACAAAAUCGCUAAGAUCAAGAAGGUGCCCUUCGAUGCCUCCACUCUCCAUCACUCGGACGCCAUGGCGACUCAGCAUGGGAUGGUGGGCGAGGGGAAUGGAGAGAAGCAGAUCUGGCGUAUUGAGGGCGCUGACAAGGUGCCUGUGGAGCCCUCCACUUAUGGACGAUUCUAUGGGGGAGAUAGCUACAUCAUCCUCUACAACUACCAGCAUGGAGGCCGUAACGGACAGGUCAUCUACAUAUGGCAAGGAGUGGAUUCUAGCCAGGAUGAAAUUGGCGCCUCGGCCAUCUUGGCUGCUCAGCUGGAUGACGAGUUGGGUGGAGGGGCAGUACAGGUGCGGGUUAUCCAGGGUAAGGAGCCCGCCCACCUCAUGAGUCUUUUCAGGGGGCAGCCGAUGGUAGUGCACCAGGGUGGUACCUCCAGAGAGGGUGGCCAGGCCCAGGCUGCAGACACACAGCCGUUCCAGGUGCGGUCCAACCCUGCUGGCUGCACACGUGCCAUAGAGGUUGAUGCUGCUGCCUCAAAUCUGAACUCCAACGAUGUCUUUGUGCUGGUGACCCCGGCACCCUCCUUCAUAUGGGUGGGAAAGGGGACAAGUGACAGUGAGAAACAUGGAGCUCAAAAGCUAAGUGACCUUCUAGGGGCCUCAGAGCUGGCCGAGGGUGAAGAAGCAGAUGACUUUUGGGAUGCUCUGGGAGGUAAAGCAGACUACCGUACCUCAGCCAGACUGAAAAACAAAAGGGACGUUCAUCCACCACGCCUGUUUGCCUGCUCCAACAAAACUGGCCAGUUUGUUAUUGAAGAGGUGCCUGGGGAGAUGACACAAGAAGAUCUGGCCCCAGAUGAUGUCAUGCUCUUGGACACCUGGGAACAGAUCUUUGUUUGGAUCGGAGGUGAAGCUCAUGAGGAGGAGAAGACAGAGGGUAUAGCCUCAGCUGUUCGUUACAUAGAGACAGACCCUACCAAGCGGGAUAGCAGUACGCCCAUAGUGAAGUUAAAGCAAGGUCAUGAGCCUCCCACAUUCACUGGCUGGUUCUUGGGCUGGGACCAUGGGUACUGGAGCAGUGAUCCCCUUGAACAGGCCAUGGCUGGUCUGAGUGUCUGAACCACUCCAGGGUGAGGUUUCCCCUAGUGGCAACUUCACCCAAAGCCUUUACUUGACUCAUUUGUGCAACUAGCUAGGUAUCCCCUUUCCUUUCAACUGUUAGACUGCACAUGGAUACCAAUUUGUGAUGGAUAAUAUGUCUUCACACUAUUGCUGUUUCUUGAAGAGAGAAUCUUCAUGUAAUUUCCUUUUCUUACACACUUAAUACUGUUAGCCCAUGUUUCUUUAGCAGUACAUUACUACAUUUGUAAUAAAUGGGACAUGGGUUUCUUUGCUUCUGUACAAUGCCCUGUUGAGCAGAGUUCAGAUAUUCCUGUUUGAGAAUCUUGUGCAGACUAGGUUUCCAUAACGACCCCAUGGGUAUGUCAUGUCUAUCAAACAUGCUGACAGUGGACAGAAACGCUUCAACAAAGCAGUCAAAUACAUUCACAUAACUAAAUAAAAUGUAUGAUGCUCAA